AGCAAACAUCUGGUAAACAUCUCGCACACAUCUCGCAGGUUCUUAAAUUGAAAGGUUGAACAUGAAAUGAGGGUAUUUUCGUCAUUUUACCUCCAAUUUGUCCUAAAUGUCAACAUUUUUACAAUCAAUCCUAAAAGUCUUUAUCUACCCCAUUUUUGGCCUAUUUUUGUCAAUUUCCCUUUAUUAUUUUGGUCAGUUUUAAACUUUAGUAAAAAAAAUAAAACAGUUUGUUGAAAUUCUUAUGGAUUAUCAGAGAGACACGAAGGCAACGAGUCAUCGCAAUGAGACGUACCUGUCAAUAACUCAGCGUGCGGCUUCUCUUCUUCGUGUCAUCAUAUUCGCCUAAUACGCCAAUUCCAAAACCCAAUCCGUCAUCUCCAAUAUUAAUCACGAGAUACAGAGAUCGUGCUGGAGUGAAGUGAAUCAACAAUAAUGGCGAAGAGCAAAGACGAUAUAACAUACGGUACUGCUCAAGCUAAAUUAUCCGAAGAUGAAGCCCUAAGAGUCGCUUACAAGCACGGUACGCCGCUCGAAUCGGGGAAAAUUGCGGACUCCGAUACUGUCGAUCUGUUUUCCAGUGCACACAAAAUUGCUCGAGAUACUUCUGACGGUCGAUCUUCCGCGGCCGCUACUCAAUCAAUUUCAUCCAAUCAGGUGCAUCACAGCGGCGAUGCUAAUGAUAAAGAAGCUGGGAAGGGGAUGUGAUACUGCCGAUCCUUCCGCCGGGCGCCGGUUCGGUUGAAUCGGAGCGGCGAGAUGUUUGCUCUAGCUUAAGGAAUCGCUACUCUUUGAGGUUUAUAAGCAGGCAAAGAGUAAUAAGUUUGUAGUUUGUAAGGAUAUACGUUGGGGAAUUGAUAUGAAUUCCGUUAGGACAAAAACUCAACAUUUCUAUUCUAGAAGUUUGAUUUCGCUACCUUAAUUUUGUUGAUUUAAA